AUGGGGCCGGGCCGCGCUGCCGCCUGGACCGCCCUGGGUGCGGCGCUGGGGCCCGAGCGAGGAAGGCCCGCAGCAGCGCGCGGGUGGAGGUAUCUCUGCCUGUGUAGACAGCCUUCUGUUUCCAGAGUUUGGGGGAGUCUCCGGGCUCUCCACAGAUCCAGCAGCAUCUCUCUGUGGGAGCAGGUGUUACCAGAGAAGAUCCUGAGAGGGGCAGUUGUGAAUGUGUCCAGCUCUUGGCAACGAAACUUCCUGGGUCUUCCAGGGCGCGAUUGUCUCUUUGUGGGGGCCUUCGGUGGCUGUGGAGCAGGAGGUGACCGUGGAGGAGAGAAGCUCUCCUUGCAGGACAUAGCGGAAUUGAUUCGGACCAAAGCCUGCCACAGAGUGGUGGUCAUGGUGGGUGCUGGGAUCAGCACCCCCAGCGGGAUCCCAGACUUCAGGUCUCCAGGGAGUGGCCUUUAUAGCAACCUGGAGCAGUAUGACCUCCCCUACCCUGAAGCCAUAUUUGAACUGGACUACUUCUUCCACAACCCCAAGCCCUUCUUUGCUUUGGCCAAGGAGCUGUAUCCCGGAAACUACAGGCCCAACCUGGCCCACUACUUCCUCCGCCUGCUUCAUGACAAGGGGCUGCUUCUGCGGCUCUACACUCAGAACAUUGAUGGACUCGAGAGAGCGGCUGGCAUCCCUGCUACAAAACUGGUGGAAGCCCAUGGCACCUUUGCCUCUGCCACCUGCACUGUCUGCCAGCAGUCAUUUCCAGGGGAAGAAUUUCAGGUGGAUGUGAUGGCAGACAGGGUCCCCUGCUGUCCCAUCUGCACAGGGAUCAUCAAGCCUGACAUCGUCUUCUUUGGAGAGCAGCUCCCACAAAGGUUCUUCCUGCACAUGGCUGACUUCCCCAUGGCAGAUCUGCUCAUCAUCAUUGGGACCUCUCUGGAGGUGGAGCCUUUUGCUAGCCUGUGCCAAGCAUCCAGGAGGUCCGUCCCUCGAGUGCUGAUCAAUCGUGAGCUGGUGGGACCGUUUGCCUGGCAGCCUCGUGAUAAUGAUGUGGCCCAGCUGGGAGAUAUCAUCAGUGGGGUGGAGACGCUGGUGAAGGCCCUGGGCUGGACCAAGGAAAUAGAAGACCUCAUCCAAAGAGAGACUGACAAGGAUGCCCUCUGAGAGGCAGUGGAGAUGGAACAGGACCCAGGGCAGGGGUUCCUGGAGCCCAGGGGCUCCAGCUUCAUCCUUACCAGCCCUCUUUUCAGCCCUGUGGCCCACCCCACCUCUUCCUUCAUCAGAGCCAUGAAUUCAAGAUCUUAUGUGGAAGCUUGGUCAAUCAAUAGUCAAUAAACAUUUAUUAAGCACCUACUAA